AUGUCCUCCACCCCCAGGCAGUGGCACAGAGACAUGCGGCCUGGACCCCUGCUCACUAGUGGGGAGAGCUGUGCUCUGCUUUUUCCUGCAGCCAAGCCCAGGGGUUCACUUCUCCCUUUUGCCUGGGUCCUGCUGUGGAUGCUCCAGCUCGUAGGCUCUGCCAUGGAAAGGGAAUACAAGGUGGAGCUAGGACGGGAUGCCCACCUGCCCUGUGAAUACUCUCCUCCCGAGCCACCCACGCCCCUGGUGCCUGUAUGCUGGGGCAGGGACGCCUGUCCCCUGAGAGACUGCCAAAAGCUGCUGCUGAGAACCAACGGCAGAAGCGUGCAGCAGAAAGCCCACAGCAGGUACCAGCUAAAGGGCCAGCUCUGCCAAGGAGAUGUGUCCCUGACCAUCCAGAGCACGUGGCUCAAUGACAGUGGCACCUACUGUUGCCGCAUCCAGUUCCCAGGACUCAUGAAUGACAAGAAGGUCAUCGUGAAGCUGACUGUCACGCCAGCUGAGGUCGUCCCUGCCAUGACGACGAGUAGCCACUUCACAGACACUUUUCCGUGGGUGCCCAGCACCAAGGGGCCCAGCCCAGUGGCAGGGACAGAGACCUUGGGACAACCUCGUGACAAGAAUGGGCUGGUAAGUAGCUGUGAGCUGCGAGGGGCCAAAACCAAUGAGCCACUAGACACCAGCACCACCCCACGGACAGCCAUCUACGUUGGAAGCAGCAUCUCAGCUGGGCUAGCACUGCUCCUGAUCCUCAGUGUGGUCAUAUUCAAAUGUUAUUCUCAUCAGAAAGAGAAGUUACAGAAUUCCAGGCUCAUCACAUUAUCGGAAGACCCCCCAACAGGCCUGGUCAACAGGAUGCACUCAGAAGAGAACAUUUAUGUCAUUGAAGAGAAUGUGUAUGAGAUGGAGAACCCUGAAGAACAUUCCUCCUCUGUCACCCCAGGCCAUUAG